AUGGGUCAUAGUAAUAAGGCCACCCGCCCUGACAUGGUGAUUGACAUAGGAAAGCCCAUGAAUUUUAUGGGUGGGUUAGAGUUUACGGAUCUAACGUAUACAGUGAUGAAAAAGAAGAAAAAUGAUGAAGGAAAAUGGGUUAAACACGAAGCGGAUUUGUUGAGCAGGAUUACAGGUUAUGCACCAAAAGGGAGUAUCACUGCAGUUAUGGGUCCUAGUGGUGCUGGAAAAUCUACUCUCUUGGAUGGGCUAGCAGGACGGAUCGCUAGUGGCAGCCUCAAAGGGAAGGUGUCCUUGGAUGGGACUGAGAUGAGCCCAAGUUUGAUCAAGAGAACUUCAGCUUACAUUAUGCAGGAUGAUAGACUCUUCCCGAUGUUAACAGUUUAUGAAACUUUGAUGUUUGCUGCUGAUUUUCGAUUAGGGUCUAUCCCAAGGGCUGAUAAGAGGCAACGAGUAGAGACAAUGAUUGAGCAACUCGGGUUAUCUACAGCGAGGAAUACGUUUAUUGGUGAUGAAGGGACUCGAGGUGUUUCAGGAGGGGAACGUCGUAGAGUAUCAAUAGGUGUAGAUAUCAUCCAUGGACCAUCACUGCUUUUUCUAGAUGAACCCACUUCAGGUUUGGACUCCACUAGUGCUCAGAGCGUGAUCGAAAAGGUUCACGAUAUUGCCCGAACAGGAAGCACUGUGGUUCUCACCAUCCACCAACCAUCCCACCGAAUCCAACUUCUACUUGACCACCUCAUUAUAUUGGCCCGUGGUCAGCUCAUGUACCAAGGAUCCCCGAAAGAUGUCGGGCUGCAUCUGACCCGUAUGGGUCGGAAGCUUCCUAAAGGGGAGAACCCGAUUGAGUUUCUAAUCGAUGUGAUACAACAGUAUGAUCAAUCCGAAUAUGGAGUAGAUGCAUUGGCUGAAUUUGUUCUUACUGGUAUGAAGCCCCCACAACUUUCGGAAAGCGAGAUGUCGUUUUCAACCAUCCUUCCUUCUCCAACCCCACCUCCUCGCCGGGACAAACAGGGCCAUGAUCAAAGUACCUCAGGGAAACGGCUUCACUUGCAAACUGCAGGCCGGGCAGAUCAAGAAAAGGACUUUGAUCAUAGUGUGAGAAGCCCAUGGAAUAAUUCAAAGUCAUGGAGUCAGAGUGGAAUUCUGCAGUCCGUUAAACUCACUGCUACUAGUAAAAGAACCCCGCAUUCUACAAGUGCAUCCCCUGGAUACUACACAUAUUCGAGCGAUAUUAUAGUAGGAACCCCGACUCCACACAGUAGUGAUUACACGGUCAAUGAAGAUGACUAUCUCACCCCCAACAAUGCACCAAAUGCUGCGAAAUACAACCAUUUGGGUCCUAAAUUUGCAAACUCUUUCAUAGGAGAAACAUGGGUUCUGAUGCGUAGAAACUUUAUAAAUAUCAGAAGAACCCCUGAGUUGUUUAUGUCACGACUUGUGGUGUUGACCAUCAUGGGGUUCAUGAUGGCCACCUUGUUUCUUAAACCUGAUAAGACCAUGCAAGGCAUAACUAACCGACUCAGCUUUUUCAUCUUCACAGUUUGUCUAUUCUUCUUCUCUUCCAAUGAUGCGGUUCCUGCUUUCAUUCAAGAACGAUUCAUAUUUGUACGAGAAACAUCUCAUAACGCGUAUCGAGCCUCUUCUUACACCAUUUCUGGUCUAAUUACCUAUUUACCCUUUCUCUUACUCCAGGCUGCAGUGUAUGCCGGUAUCACUUGGUUUGCCCUAACGCUAGAAGGCCCUUUCAUUUAUUUUUUGAUCAUGCUCUAUGUUUCACUACUCACUACAAAUUCGUUUGUUGUGUUUGUGAGUUCAGUUGUUCCCAACUACAUUCUCGGGUAUGCUGCUGUUAUUGCUUUUACCGCUCUAUUUUUCUUGUUUUGUGGGUAUUUUUUGAACAGCCAUGAUAUUCCGCCUUACUGGAGCUGGAUGAAUAAGGUUUCAACCAUGACGUACCCCUACGAAGGGCUUUUGAUAAAUGAGUACCAGAGGACUGAAAUUUUUGGUCAGACUCUUAUAGGGACAAAUGUGACUGGAAUUGACAUUCUACAAUCACUGCAUAUUUAUCGUGAAAAAAAUCCAAAAUGGACCAAGAUUUACAUAAUGUUGGGAUGGGCGGUACUAUAUAGGAUCUUGUUUUAUAUCGUUCUUCGUUUUGCCUCCAAGAACCAGAGAACAUAA